AUGGAUUCUAUGAUUCCUCCUCAGUGUUUCUUCUGCAGCCAGGGGACGAAGAGUUCCGAACCGCUCGCCCCAUAUACCGAAGUUCCAUGCUGUAGUCAGUGCCGACUCUCGGCAUCCGAAAGUAACAUGCAACUCCAACAAGAGCUCGCUGCGCUUUUCGAGAAGAGUAUGACUCUCAACCUAUCAACACACCUUGCCAGCGACCAAUCACUGUGCUCUGUUUCUCCCGACCCAAAGCUAUAUAGUAUCGGGCAAAACCCGGCCAGCAAUAUGGACCUGCACCCCACAGCAAUUGACACACUCAGAUAUCACAACAUUGAUCCAGAAACACUUUUACUAAGACAAUGGAAGCUCUACGAAGGAGCAAUGCCAGAACAACGGUCACGCUUAAUCCAGAUGUGGCAGUUGUCACCGGAGCACCGAUACCACAGCGACCAGGGUGAGACUAAGGGCGCCGGGUUGCAUGACCACGGUGCGACGAAUAAGACUGCCUGCAUGUCUGGUCUCUGGAACGCAUCGUUCGAGACUCGCACGGUUGAUGAUCUCGAUAUGUAUGAUUUCGACCGGGGAGUUGACUACAGCGCCAGCCCGUAUGCCGAGCCAUACAUGAUUACUGGCUAUAGGGCUGCCGCUCAAACUAGCAAAGGGCUCUCUGACGGAAGAGACGGGAAUGUAGUAAGCGAGCGCACUACAGGAUCGCCAUACAGGCUUGCAAAUGAUCCUGUUUAUCGCUCCCAGGGGCAAAGAUGGUGGGAGUACGAGCAGUCGGCAUCACCCAAGUACUAG